AUGGGUGAACCAGGCUCGUGGGUCAAGUUGAAUAAAGUCUACAGCAGGGUCAUACUGGACAGAAUCUCAGUAGUCAUCGACCCACUGUUGUGCAAAGAACAGGCAGGUUUUAGAAAAGGAAGGUCAUGCGGAGACCACAUCUUUACUUUAAGGCAGAUCCUGGAGCAGUGCCAAGAAUGGAACACGCCAGUCUACGCAAACUUCGUCGAUUUUGAGAAGGCAGACAUCCAAAGAAAAGGUGAGGUACUUGCCAAAAAUGUCGGAUCAGUUGGAUUAAAGAUCAACACCAACAAGACCAAGGCACUACGAAACAACAACCAAACAGCAGACCCCAUCACGAUUGGAGGAAGAGACAUUGAAGAGGUGACCGAGUUCACCUACCUUGGGGCUAAGGUGACAACAGAUGGAAACUCUAUAUCUGAGGUCAAGGCAAGGAUCAGCAAGGCAAGAGGGGCUUUUGCGGCACUGAAGAACAUCUGGAAGACCAACAAGAUCAGCAACAGAACCACGAUUCGCCUGUUCAAGAGCAACGUCCUGAGUGUGCUGCUAUAUGAAGUGGAAUCAUGGAAGGUCACCAAAGGCAUCUGUCAGAUCCUGGAAGUUUUCCAGAACAAGUGCCCCAGGAGGAUUCUGUGCAUCUACUGGUUAAAAAAAAAAUCACCAACAAGGAACUCCAUGAAAGGACAGGCAUGCAGCCCGUCUCUCUCCAGGUUAAACGCCGCAGGUGGAAAUGGAUUGGACACGUCUGCAAAAUGCCACCGACAUCCAUCCUAA